GGCAAUCCUCUAAAGAUGAAUACUUCUCCAGGCUUAGUGACUGUGAUAUUAAUAAUACUUGAAAAGACACAUGGAGACUCAGUGACACAGAUGGGAGGCCAAGUGACCCUCUCAGAACGGGCUUUUCUGACCAUAAACUGCACUUAAGGUAACAUCUCAACCUACGCUACUCUUUUCUGGUAUGUCCAAUACCCUGGACAAGGCCCACAGCUUCUCCUAAAAGCCGUGACAGCCAAUGAGCAGGGACGAAACAAGGGAUUUGAAGCCACAUAUGAUAAAGGAGCCAGUUCCUUCCACUUGGAGAAAGCCUCGGUGGAAGAGUCAGACUCGGCUGUGUACUACUGUGCUCUGAGUGACACAACUGGGAGCAGCUCCGGGAAGCUGGUGUUUGGGCACGGCACCAAGCUGACUGUCCACCCAUUCAUUGAAAACCCGGAACCUGCCGUGUACCAGCUGAGAGACCCGAAAUCCAGAAAUACCUCCGUCUGUCUGUUCACCGAUUUUGAUUCUAACGUCAAUCUGUCAGAAUCUGUGCUGCCUGGCGUGCCUCAUACUCAGCCAACUGUGCUGAACAUGAAGUCCCUGGAUUCCAAGAGCAAUGCUGCUGUGGCCUGGAGCAGUAAAUCUAAUUUUGAUUGUAGAAACACCUUUGGAGAUCCUACGUUUUACCCCAGCUCAGACUACCCCUGCAAUGCCACAUUGGUAGAAGAAAGCUUUGAAACAGAUAUGAACUUAAACCUUGAAAACCUGUCAGUGAUGGCCCUCCGAAUCCUCCUGCUGAAAGUGGCUGGAUUUAACCUGCUCAUGACGCUGCGGCUGUGGUCCAGCUGAGGUCGGAGCCACACCAGGCUGUGUUCUGCUGCUCCUUCCUCCCCUUCUUCAAGCAGCAGGGAGUGCUCCCAGCCCGCGGAGAAGGUUCCCAGCAUCGCUCUGGCCACCAAGUCCACGCUGAGUUUGAGACGAAGACUGCCGAAGAGCUGGCAAACACUGCUGCCUCCGCUCACCCCUUCCCUAACUCCUGCUUGUCACCAUUCAUAGCAAAGGUGCCACAGCCUCUCACGGCUGUGAAGAAAGCCCUCCCACUCCACAGAAACCACCUGUGCUGUCCAUGGGUGACCAGUCCCCAGCGGGGCCUCUAGCUCCUAGAAAAUGUUGUGACAAGUUUUUACUUUUUAAAUAGUAUUCAUAAAGAAAUACAGAUUAUUCUUUUUUGCAAGUUGUAGAACGCAAUUACCUCAUCCCAGUGGUGCAAACCUCUAGCAUGUGUGCCUCAAUGGGCUGUCUGUUAUCACUGAAAGCUCUAAAAGGCUCACCGUCGCUUGCGAGGCCCUCCCUGCUAUGCUGAAAUACAAUGUAUAUUAUUCUACAGCCCUGGCUUCAUUAAAAGUGAUCAAAAGAGCA